AUGGCGCGCUCGUCGCGUGUGAAGAAACGUCUUCUUGUCGCGCUGGUGAUCUGUUUGAUACCGGAGGCUUUAGCGUUGAAAGACGGAGACUGUCUCCGAUCAGAUGCCGCUACUUCGUUUGUCAACACUCCGGGUGGCUACGAUCCAACCACCGGAGUGGGCAAGGAACGAUGCUCGAGUCUCUGCGCAGGAAUCCCGAUGCCCUACGCGGGGAUCCAGGACGGGAAAUUCUGUCUCUGCUCCGAUGAUCCUUUUGUCGAGAAAGCCGUUGCCGCCAAAGACGAGGUCUGCGACAAACAUCCGUUUGCGGUACGAUUCUAUUUCUCGUCGCUGUUCACCCCAAUCGAAAAUAUGCGAGUGAUGCCAUCGCAGUCGCUCGUCAAUGUCGGCGAAGAGGUCACGUUCCAUAUCGCGGUGUCCUCGGGUAAGGAGGCCGAUGUUCUGAUCGAUUUCGGGGAUGGCAGCCAAGGAAUCAACGGCUCACUCUCGAUGGAGCCCAAAUACGUAUAUUGGAAGCCAGGCCGUUACGACGUACAAGUGAUGGCAAAGCCGAAGACAGCCCACGAUAUCUACACGGCCUUCGCUCACACUACCGUGGUCGUGACCACGAGCCCCGAGGAACGGCAUGUUUCGUGGAGCUGUCCGGCUCUGGUGGAACCGAACGCGAAAUUCGAAUGCAGGUUGGAUGUUCUCAAGGGAACUGAUCUCAGUCUCGAUUUCAUGCCCGGUGACGGAAGCGGAACAAAAACACGAAGGAUCCCUGACGUUUACCCAACGGUUGUUGGCGAGAACGUUCCUCAAUUCCGAACGCCUUCUGUGGUUGUGUCUGAGGAAGACGCAGCAGACUCGGCCGUUUUGCCCAGAGCAAGAGUCCUGCGUGCCGGAAGAGUGUUUGCUUUCCAGGGCUUCGGAGCAACGCAAGGAAAACUCGAGAUGCUGCUGCUCCGACCGGCCUGCAGCGGUUGUGUUUUCGAGCAGGACGUCGUCAAGUGCGAGAGUCAGACAAAUCUCUGCAUGUCGAAAAUGUCCUGCAUCGACUACGACAUGUGCCCGAAACGCGACGUGAGCGAAAUUUAUAAAAUCAUCUCCGUCGUCCCGGUUCAAGUCAAGGAAGGAUACUUCGUCCACAAGCUACCAAAGCCUCUAGCUGUCGAAGCUGGGGACAUAUUUGGUUUCACAACAACCGGCGGACGACUGGCGUUCCGAAGGGUGAGCACUGAAGUGUCGGACUUGACAAAACGCAAUGCGAUGAAAGGACAGGCAGUGCGGACCGAUGAUCUGAUGCUCAAAGAUCAAAGAUUCUUGAUCGCGGCUCUCGUAUACACCCCGAUGAAUCUCACUUUCGAGUAUCAAUACGAAGAGGCUGGGUCGUACGAGGUUGCUGUCAGCCUCAAGAAUAGCCACCACGAGCAAAUCAUCCGAAAGAUGGCCGACGUCAGCUCACAGCAGAAGCUGACAGCUUUCAAACUGGACAUCUCUCAAAAUCAGAUCCCCACAGGAACAGAGGUGACAGCCAUCGCAAAAAUGUUCGGCGGAAGUGAUGUCACCAUGACCUGGAAUUUCGGCGAUGGACACAUUGAAAAGCAGGACGUGACAACUGCGACGACUGGACAAAAGUUCACCAAGAAUCAUAAAUAUGCGGAGCCUGGUGUUUAUAUCAUCCAGGUGAAUUCGUCGAAUCUCCAUGGAUCUUUCGUGGCUCGACGGUCAGUUGUUGUUCAACGUCCCGUGACGGAGUCUUGGGAGGUAUUCUCCAAUGCUCCGGUCAUAAUUCCCGAGCCCGUCCAUCUCACGCUCACAUAUCCGAAAACCGCGAAACUCCCGACCGAUGCCACCGUCCGGAUAAAUUUCGGCGACAAACAGAAGGAUAAAUGGAAGGUCCCGAACGAGGUCGAGGAUAAAAUCAGUCAGAAAUUCGUUCACACGUAUCUCAAGCCCGGAUUCUACAACAUUCAAAUCAAUAUAUCGAAUCAAAUCUCUCACCAUGUGCUCACCGAGCGUGUCGAAAUCGCUACGAGAGCGCAAGGCUUGACCGCUAAAAUGCAAUUCCAACGGGAAGACGGUGGAGAAUUCCUUAAUGGUUUAGGAACGCAGGGCGACAUUUUCCUCACCACGCGACCGAUAACCGUAUCGAUUAAGCUGGCCGCUGGUCUUGUCGAGAAUUUCUUCCUAGAGACUAAAAAGGGUCAACUCCUCGCCAAUGGAACGGCUUCCCAGCGCCAGUAUGAACUGUCGUUCCAGAAACCUGGACAGUACGAUAUCUUCGUGUACGCAUGGAAUCAUGUCCAGCACCGAACGGAUCCCUACAUCCUCUCGUUCCGGGUGAUGGAACCGAUUGAAGGUCUGAGUGUCUACAUGAACGAGACGACCCCGAAGGACGAGUACAUCCGGAACUUUGUGGUUUCAUUCAUGCUCAAAGGAAGCGACACCUGUGUCGUCGUUGACUACGGCGACAGCACAGCUCUGAGGGCUUACGGCUCUAGGAGUCAAUGCUUCAGCAGGUACAAGCCAGAAGAAUUUGAGUUCGAGGGCGAUCUCGCGAAUCCUCUGCUCUUGACCAACAUCUACGACCGAGGAUUCGACUACGCGUUCACUCUGACGGCCUUCAACGAGAUAUCCGACGAGGUCCGCUCGUUCAAUUUUACCGUGAAUAAUGAGCCCUGCAAAGCACCAGUUCUCAAAAUCCGAAACCAAGUUUUGGAUGUGAAUAACGCAUCUUUCUGGUACCGAAACAAAGCUGUGGAGCUCUACACCUUCACAGAACUCGAGUGCAACAUCUCGAUCGACGUGUCCCGACGGUGGGAAGCCUUUUUGGUCGACCCUGAAAACGACGGUCGGGUCAUACACGAGAUCGAUAUCAGGGAACUGGACUCCUUUACCAAAUCGAUGCUCUACGUUCCCGAGUUCUUCUUUGAUCCCGGAUUUUACAAAUUGAGAUACAACGUCAACAUGAGCGCUCCAACGGCUCGUCCUCCGAUGUUCCAUCGCAAGUGGGUUGAGACGUUCAUCGAGAUCAAACCUUCAUUGAUUAUUCCUCAAAUGUCUGAGGGAGCUCAGUCGAGGGUGACGCGCGGAUUUCCGCAAACCCUGGCUCUGAAUCCCGCCAACUACUCGAUCAACCCAGACGACCCUGACGACAUGGAAUUCAGUAUCACUUGGUACUGUCGACGCGUGGGACUCGGCGAGCAAAUAGACAGAAGUCUUCCGCACGAUAAACAGCCAAUCGUCAACCCCUUGUACCAUCGUUUGAAGGACUUGCCAGGAAUUCUCAAGCAGGGAAGGAGUUUCGAUCCGAAGGCUUACCUAGCCAAAGAGAACGCUAGGGAUGAUGGCGGAUGUUUUGGCACCGGACCGGGCAGGAUCAACAUCUCGACAGGUUUCCUCGAGUGGAGCACUUUAUUGUUCUUCAAGCCGAACGAAACCUACGAAGUCCUGGUCCACAUCGACAAGGGGGACCGCCCUCCGUCUUGGGGCGCCAUUCAAGUAGUCCUGCUGGAACAAGUACCGCCCUCGAUCACUGUCAAAUGUCAAACAGAGAAACUCUGCUAUCCGUUCGAGCCGAUCGGUCAGAAAAUCAACCCGGUCCGUGUUGGUCUCACGGGAGUUUGCUCGGAGAACUGCGACGGCGAGCUCGUUUACACCUGGGAGGUGUUCGGAUCUGAGAACGAAACCGAGGUUCCUCUCGAGGACGCUCCGCAAUAUCUUGUUGGAGCCAACGAACUAAAAAUGGCCUUAUCCGACGAUUUCUUCAAAAUCUACUAUCCGAUGUUCGGUGAUUUCAUCGCCAAACUGACGGUCGCCAACGAAUAUGGCGUAUCUGGCGUUUCGGAUCUUUUCUUGCACAUUAACAAACCCCCGCAAGACGGAUCGUGCUCAUUCAGUCCCCAAGAGGGACGAGCCCUCCUGGACAAAUUCACUGCCAGCUGUUCAGGCUGGACUGACCCCGAGGGUUUCGACAUCGAGUUCUUUGCCUUCUGGGUGCGUAAUAUGGAAAACGACGUCUUGACCUUCUUGACCUACGGACCCGACCACACCGUGCACUUGAUGCUACCUUACGGAGAUUUCUUGGUCGGGGCCGACAUCAAAGAUAAGGAGGGAGCGACGACUCGCUUGAACAUGACAAGGAUCCAGACGCGGUUGCCCACCAAGACCGAGUUCGAAAACUACUUGAACGACAGAAGUCUGGACAAUGCAGACGCAGCCGGAGAUCAAGCGAAAAUGAAUCAGAUGUCUCAAGCGAUCACUUCGCUCAUGAACGUUCGACUCCAUGACGAUUAUGAGAACGAAAUCGAAUUGGACUACAAUAACACAGAAUUGAUGGACAAGGAAAUUGAAGAACAGGCGAUCCUCCGGUCCAGGAUGAUUCGAUCAGUGUCUUCCAUUAUGAAUGUGGACACCCUCAAUUCGAUUGAACAAGUCGGUUCAGCGCUGACUGCCAUUGCUGGAGACGGGACGGGAGUCGACAACGAAGGAAAGGAACUUAUCAUAAAACUGCUGAGGAAAACUGUCAAGCUUGCAAAAACCAUGAAAGUGGAGGCACCUCAGCAGCUGCUCGACUUCUGUAUGUACGCCGUCGGAACCAUGGGGGGUAUCGUGGCGAGAAUGACUCAACAACUUCUAGAAGGAACCGUGAUGCCGACGGAUCGCGCAAAAGCAAUAAAUAUUGAAUAUGACACUGAGAUCGCUUUGGAAGGCGAAGAAGAAAAAGAGGCGCUAUUCGAUGGAACGAUGCCAAUGGACAAAGCGCUCGAGCGCGCUGUUGUUCUCGAGGAACGCAAAGCUGCCGAAGCUCAAAUUACGACCAUGAUCCAGCUCACUGUCGAUAUGGUACUCGCCAUUCUCAGAAAUAUCAUCGUGGGCGAACGCCCUCUGGAAUUCUCGGCGCCAUCCGGACUGGCCAUGACCAUCUCCAUGUUCAGCGGCGGCGCUCUGAGCGGCAAAGCGAUCCAGCACGGUGAUGCCGUUUACGUCUUCCCCGGAGUUUGCGACAUGCUCGCAAACCAAGCGAGCUGUGCCGGAAACGAGACACUCGGAAUCAUGGCUGUCUCCUGGCCGGCCAUUCUCCAAUCUUAUGGAGGGUCCGUCGAUGUUUUGUCGAAGGAUUCCAAAACUCUCCAACUCAUCGUUCUUGACGACUCGCUUACUCCGAUCGAUAUUUCCAACACGACCGAUCACUUCACGAUCAUCGUGCCGCGCAAGAGUUCUGGCGAGAAUGGGACGGGUUUGCCCGAACCGAUUCAUUUCUCACCGGAGCCGAAGUGGAAUGAGCAGAUGGUUUACCAUCAGUUCCUGGUGCCCAAACCGGAUUCGGCGGUGAACAUCGAGAUUACUCCCGAUAGUCCGGAUCAUUCUCGUUUGCUGGUCUACAUCAAACACCGCGAGAAACCGUUGCUCCACAAUUUUGACAUGGUGUUCAACUUGAGCCAGGCGAGAAACGCUAACGGAACCUACGACAUUUUCCUGGACAAUUUCGCCAUCGACAACAGGACUGGUUUCUUCUACAUCGGCAUCACGGAAACUAACGUCACAGUUCCCGUCACGGAAACGACUGUGAACGGGAGCGCUUACUUCAAUUUGACCGAAAGCGAAGUUGUACGUCAACUCUCUACGGAUUACUCUAUCCGAAUCUACACUUCGGGAUGUUAUUUCUUCAACAAAAAAUCCAAAACUUGGUCCGGCGAGGGCUGCUUCGUGGACAAUGCCAACUAUCUGGCAACGUACUGCAAGUGUGACCAUCUCACUAGUUUCGGCUCCGGAUUCUUCGUAGUUCCGAACACAAUUGACUUUGCGUACGUAUUCGCCAACGCCGGAUUCGCGGACAACGUCACCAUCUACAUGUGUGUCAUCCUCACGAUGCUCAUAUAUCUGAUGCUGCUCAUCUGGGCGAGACGAGAAGAUCUAAGAGACAACGAGAAGCUUUGUGCUCAUCCUCUGCCGGACAACGAUCAUCGCGACAACUACCUGUACGAACUGACCGUUUUCACCGGCGAUAAAGACGGAGCCGCAACGGAUUCGAGGAUUUUCUUCAUCCUCAGUGGGGAUGACGACGAGACGGAUGCGAGGUCUUUCGGCGACUCAAAGAGCAAACUCUUCCGAAGGGGAGGCCAAGACACAUUCGUAAUGGCCUGCCCGAAACCUCUCGGGAGACUGAAUUAUAUGCGGAUCUGGCACGACAAUUCCGGCAAAGGGAAAUUCCGAUCGUGGUAUCUGAAAUUCAUCUCGAUACGCGACGUCCAGACGAACGCGCGCUACGACUUUAUUGCGAACCGUUGGUUUGCAGUGGAGAAGGAUGACGGUCAGGUCGAUCGUCUACUGCCUGUUGCGGGCAAGGAAGAAGCCACCGAGUUCAAUCAUCUCUUCCAACUCAAAAGUCAGAAAAAUCUCGCCGACGGCCAUCUGUGGUUUUCGGUAUUCCUCCGACCUCCGAAGAGCCGCUUCACGCGGUGUCAACGAGUAUCCUGCUGUAUCGCUCUUCUAUACCUCUCAAUGCUGGUCAAUGCGAUGUGGUACGGCCGGGUUCCAUCGAAACCAUCAGCAUCCGCUCUAAAUAUCGGACCUUUCGCACUCUCGCCCGAACAAGUUGGCGUUGGGGUUUUGGCCAACCUUAUCGUGUUCCCUCCGACCUUCUUGAUGAUUACACUGUUCCGCAAGGCGCGUCUGCGCAGGAAGCGUCCGAACCGAAUCGUUGAGGCGCUCAAAAAACAGCGCAAAAACUCGCUCAUAGUCGGCAGGGGCUCGAGCAACAAAGCCACGGACUCGACAACUGAUCUCAUGCAAGCGAAGGACGGUAGCGAGACCGAUAUCAACAUGGUGACAAUGAAAAAGGAUAGAAAGAAGAAAGCUUCAAAGAAAAAGACGCUCCCAUACUGGUGUCGAUACGUCGCCUGGUCCGUGUGUCUCUUGUCGAUUUUCACAUCAGUGUUCUUCAUCUGGGCUUACGGGGUGCAAUUUGGCGACGAAAAAACUCGAAAAUGGAUCACUUCACUCCUUGUCUCGUUCUUCACUUCGGUGCUCAUCACUCAGCCUAUUAAGGUGUUCAUGACAGCGAUAAUCCUCUCAGCGCUGUUCAAAUCCCCCGAGAAGGACGAAGAUGACGACGACGAGGAAGAAGCCUUCAGUGGCGCAGCUGGACUCUACCACUCCGGGACCUCUGCCACGAGUGCUCGCCGACGGAAUUAUAAGCCUCCACAGAGGGGCGAGUUGGAUCACGUACGCGAGGAAAGGAUGAAAGAACUGAAAAUGUCGGAGAUACUCAGAGAGAUAUUCUCUUACCUGCUGUUUCUCUGGCUCCUGACGGUACUCUCGUACGGGAAUCGCGAUCCCAACGCCUACUAUAUGCAGAUGAACCUCAAGAACGAAUUCAUCAACAAUCCGAAAUUUAUGGAGAUUUCAUCGACCGAUGGUUUCUACAAUUACCUCCGGGAAACGGUGGUGCCGCAACUUAAAAUCGGCGAUUGGUAUAAUGGACAACAGCCUUUCGGUCUGCGCGGUUUCAUCAACGACAGAGUGAAUCGAAUCAUGGGCUACGGAGUUCUGCGACAGAUCCGAGCCAGACCUAACUCCUGCAAGGUUGAGAAACUGAUGCGCAACGUUGUGAGCCAGUGUCGUGGACAAUCGUCUCUUAUCAAGGAAGAUAAGAAACUUUACGAGCCUAAAUGGGUGGCGCUGCCCAAAAACAAAACCGUACUUCUGGACCCUAAAAACCUCACUGAUGAAGAAUGGAGACAUAAGAAAGCCAAGGAGCUGCAUGGACUUCCUUUCUGGGGGAAACUAGACGUCUACGGAGGCGGUGGAUACGUCAUGCGUUUGCGAGGAACCCGGGAGAACAUUAUCAAGCGAAUAAAUGAGCUGGAGGUUUCCGAUUGGAUCGACGGCGGAACUCGUGCAGUUUUCGUCGAGUUCUCGGUCUACAACGCUCAAGUGAACUUGUUCGGUGUGGUUACAAUCAUCGCCGAAUACCAUCCGGGAGGAGGCGUCGUUCCGAACUACCGCAUCGACGCCAUACGUCUGAUGCGGUACCAUCAAGGUUUCGGAUUGUUCGUGCUCCUGUGCGAGAUCUCAUUCAUUGGAUUCAUCGUCUACUUCACCGUGCGCGAAGUAAAAAGUUUCCGAGCUCUCCGACUCGAUUACAUGCGAAGCUACUGGAACAUCGCGGAACUCGUUGUUCUCGGUCUAAGCUAUUCGUGCAUGUUCUUCUACAUCUCGCGUAUGGCGAUGACACGAAAGAUAUUGAAGGUGUUCGAACGCUCGUCCGGCAACGCCUACGUAAAACUUCAACGUGUGGCUGCCGUCGACGAAGUGUUCAGCUAUCUGAUGAGUUUCUUGAUUUUCAUCUCGAUUCUCAAGUUCACGAAAUUGUUGCGCUUCAACAAACGCAUCGGAGUGCUCUAUUCGACAUUGUCCCAAUGCUCCAAAGACCUAUCGUCGUUCUUCGUUGUGUUCUGGGUGAUAUUCCUCGCGUUCACCCAAGUGUUCUACGUAAUCCUGGGAACGAAAAUGAAGGAAUUCUCCAGCUUCGUCACUUCGGCGGAGACCUGUUUCGAUAUGGCGCGAGGUCAUUUCAAGUUUGACGAAAUCUCCAUGGCGUCUCCAGUCAUAGGACCGAUGGUGUUCUUCGUGUUCGCCUUCAUAACAUCUGUGAUUCUGCUCAAUCUUUUCGUCACUCUAAUCAUCAGCUCGUUCCAAUCAGUGAAAGCUGAUAUCGAGAAACAGUGCAACGACUACGAGAUCAUCAGUUUCAUGGGCCGGAAAGUCAAAGGCUUCUUCGGCAUGGGCAAAGGAGACGCUAUUCCAUCCGCGAAGCCACUGACGGUCGAUUCUCAAAUCCACGCCUUCCCUGAAAAGGUCGAUCGACUCUUGGGAUUCAUCAACGAGGUAUAUUUAGAUGGUGAAAUCGUUCUAGACAAUAAGAAUCGUUUAAAAGUCCUGUACAAAGCCCCGGAGACCCGCUCUGCGAGCGGUGCCCAGCCCUCAAUGUUCGAGUGGGUGGAAGUGAAUAAAUCUGCGAACAGCUCCUCGAAAUCAAGCCGCAAGGGUACCGGCAGAUCCUCAACGGGACAGCGGCGUCGCUAUUGAAAUGCAUUGAAAGUUCAAGCAAGGACAAUGCGAAAAAAAACUUCGAAGCCAUCGAGCAUUUUGUCCAUGCGGGGCGCUCGUGACUGAGCGUCGAGGAACGGCGCGGCGCUUACCCAGCGUUCGAGCUUGGAACAAUAUCCUAGUCAUUAGUAG